AUGCCAUGUUGUAUUGAUACUAUUGUUAAAAUUGUUCAAGUUCGUCAAACUGAUAGGGAUGAAUCUAAUUUUACUGUUGUUUGGGCUUUGGGUGUUUAUCCAGUUGAAAGUGAAGAUCACGAGAUGGAAAUUACUCUUUUUGUUCCAAUUAAUGAGGUUGAAAGGGAUCCUAAUGCUCAGUCGGUUUUUGUUAAAAGCAAAUAUUAUAGUGUUUGUGGAAAAGUCGUUCCUGGAGUUUAUAAUGGCAAAUUUAGAUUAAAAAUGACUGCUUUGUCGUCAACUCAUUUUACUCUCCAAAGGGAUCUUGGUUCUAAUCGUUGUUCUUUAAAAGCUUCUUUAGUUGGUAUUGCUCAAGAUUUUCUGAAGGAAAUUGAUAAUGAAAGCGCGAUGUUUAAAUUAUCUGUUAAUGAUUAUGCUGGAAAGAAUUAUAGUUUUGUUAUCAAUAUCAUUUUUCCACAUCUUAAUAGUCGAUUCAAGUAUCUUAUGAAUUCAGUUCACUCAAAUGAGUCUGUACUUUUUAUUGUUGGACAUUUGGAAGUUUUUAAGGAAGAUUUAUACUUAUAUGCAGCCGAUACUUCUUUUGUAGAUUUUUGUUCUAAUGUUGUUGAAAAGCUGCAUCAAGCGUUGUCAGUUGAAGCGGAUAAAUUUCCAGUAGAUUCAGCUACUAUUGGUUUCUGUUCAAGACACACGAGAUCAGUUGUAUAUAGUAAGGAAGAUGUAGGUGAUAUUGCGGUGAUACAAAUGAUAGUAGAAGUAAUUCGCGUGGUUGUGUUAAGGGAGAUAAGG